UUAUACAGGGGUAGCGUUUCCAUUAUAUUAUAGUUUCAUGCUGUCAGAAGGUGCUAUCAUUUUCCCCUGCUGCAUGAAAUAUCUACACCAUGAAACUGUAACGAAGACUACCGCUACGUGUUUUACGUGUAAUUCAAAAUUAACAAAAACAAGCAUUAUCGUGGUUGUUAGCUAACCUCAACUGCAAAACUAGCUUUCUUUGGAAUCCGUUUAACUUGGUGGUUGCCAGAUUAGCUUUCGACAGCUAACUUAGCGAUGUGACCUAAGCCGGGAAAGUGUUGAUCCGGAAACUCCCCGCAACUCUGCUCUUGCAGGUCGCUCUCAUGUGCCCAUGGAGAAGGCAGCAUUUGAGGGGUGGCUGGAGUCAGUCUCUGCUACUUUCCUUACUCUAAAUGACCAGCAGCGCAACCAGUCUUUGGACCACCUCAUAUCUUUAAGUGGUGCUGCUCAGCUCCGCCAUCUCUCUAAUGGACUAGAGACACUGCUGAAACGUGACUUUUUGCGCCUUCUUCCCUUGGAGUUGGCCUUCUACCUGCUGCGCUGGCUGGAUCCUCAGACCUUGCUCACCUGCUGCCUAGUCUGCAAACAAUGGAACAAGGUGAUAAACUCUUGCACUGAGGUGUGGCAGGGUGUGUGUCGGGAGCUAGGCUGGAAGAUUGAUGAGACCAUUCAGGAUGCAUUACAUUGGAAGGGGGUCUACCUGAAGGCUAAGCUGCGUAUGAUGCAGUUAAAGGAUCAAGAAGCCUUUGAGACGUCAUCACUUAUUGGUCACAGUGCUCGAGUAUAUGCUCUUUAUUACAAGGACGGCCUCCUCUGUACAGGAUCAGACGAUCUCUCUGCCAAAUUAUGGGAUGUGCGUACUGGACAGUGCAUUUAUGGAAUUCAGACACACACCUGUGCCACAGUAAAAUUUGAUGAACAGAAGCUGGUGACUGGGUCCUUUGACAACACUAUUGCAUGCUGGGAGUGGAGUACAGGGGCUAAAAUCCAGCAAUUCCGUGGGCACACAGGAGCAGUUUUCAGUGUUGACUACAAUGAUGAGCUGGAUGUACUUGUCAGUGGCUCUGCAGACUUUUCAGUGAAGGUCUGGGCUUUAUCUGCUGGUGCCUGUCUCAACACGCUGACUGGACACACUGAGUGGGUAACAAAGGUGAUACUACAGAAGAGUGAAGUGGAAUCAGUGGUGCACAGUCCUGGUGAUUACAUUCUCCUCAGUGCUGACAAGUAUGAGAUUAAGGUAUGGCCUUUAGGCCGAGAGAUCAACUGCAAGUGUUUAAAGACACUGUCGGUGUCAGAGGACCGCAGCAUCAGCCUCCAACCUCGCCUGCAGUUUGAUGGACGCUACAUCGUAUGCAGCUCUGAUCUCGGAGUCUAUCAGUGGGAUUUUGCCAGUUUUGAGAUUCUCAGGGUGAUAAAAAUGCAAGAUCCAGCCAACCUGUCCCUGCUCAGCUUUGGUGAAGUGUUUGCGCUUCUUUUUGACAACCACUUCCUGUAUGUGAUGGACCUGAGGACAGAGGCUAUCUCAGGCCGUUGGCCUCUGCCAGCGUAUAGAAAAUCCAAGCGAGGAUCCAGCUUCCUGGCCGGCGUUACCUCUUGGCUUAAUGGUUUGGAUGGGGGCAAUGACUCUGGACUGGUGUUUGCCACCAGCAUGCCGGACCAUAGCAUUCACUUAGUACUGUGGAAGGAGAAUGGAUAAACACAGACAGGGUCAGUGUACCUGAGACUGCUAGAAUAUGAGCUGCGUCAUGCAUGCUCUGGAAUAUAUCAACCCUAACUGCCAAGAUAGAUCAUACAUGGACCAAAGCAUUUUCUUUUUAGCCAUUUCUUCUUCAGCAUACAGUCAUCCUCUAGAAACCCACAUGAACACUCACAGUUGGAAAUGGAAGAUGAAGAAAUAAUUUUUUUGACCUUGUACAAUUGUUCCUGAUUUCUACAGAAGCCUGAAAACCUCUCGCUGGUUUUCUUAUCUUGGACAAAGAAGAAAAACAGACUUGGUGAAGACCAGUAAUUGCUAACAGUUGGCCCCCAGAAUAAAUACCAUCAUAGAAAUUCUCCUGUGAUGGCCUCAGCUGUGAAAGAGGAAAUGUGUUAGGCAGUUUUGCAGUGUGUGAUUGGGUGUUAUUUCUGGGUGAACUUUUAUAAACACUAUUAGGUCAUGUUGCAUGCACCAAGAGCACAUCCAUUGUCAAGCCAGUCUCCACACUGACCUGCUUAAAUAUCGGUCUCCAUCAGGAAAAGCAGGGUUGCCUUAAACCAGUGGUUUUUGAACUUCCUCUGGUAUUCCUUGCAGAAAGUUGACACUCAAGUCUGUCUCACCCUGAAAUUUACACAUAUAUAUAUUGACAAUAGAGGAUCCAAGUUGAACUGUAGUAAAUUACAGGUCAGACUUUAUUUUCUUUGCAUAAAUCUUGUCACUUAACUUGGUUUGACACCAUAGUUUCCGCUGGUUGUCCACACCUUGGAGUAUGAGAACCACUGUAGUAAACACAGCAACUGUUUUGAAUAAGAUGGGAAUAUAAAGAUUAACACCACUUAACUGCGUGUUUAAGUGACGUUUUUGCUGAAUUGGUGUAUAUGUAUACAAUGUACAAUAUUGGGCGCUUUCACUAAAUUCCACUGAAGAUUAUCUGAUAAGAGGUUUCAGUGUCAGCUUGAGUGAGUUGGGGUGCCUUUUCAGUUCAUUUGAUGUUAAAAACUAGAAGUCCUGGUAACUUUGGCACAUUGCAGUGUUGUUACAUUGUUCUUUUCUGUUGACAUUUUUGUACUUGAUAUGCUUUCAGUCUCAGAUGUCUGGAUUUUUAUUGCUACUGCCUGGCGUAAAUUUCUUGGGGAACAAAUGAGAAAUUGACUAUUCAACAUCAAUUUUAUUUUUGUAAAAGGUCUCAAUAUUUCACACAGCUGAGAUAGUGACUUCUGCCAAACUAUUUUAAAUUUCAAAAGGAGUUUUGACCAAUUUUUCCAUAAUGUGAAAUUCUGUUAAACGUGCCUCAUUCUAUGUCACCUUUUUAUUAUCCCCCACUUUUCAUUGUCUUUUUUUGGCACUGGCAGGCCUUAUAUGACCAUGGAUCAGAGUGCAUUCACCAGACUUGGUUUAUGAGAUUUAAUUAAUUAUUAAUGAUCUUUUUCUUGUAUCCUCACAUGGAUGAAUGUACACAGCACACUUACAGACUGCUUUUAGAUUAACACUUCCAGUCCAAUUAAAACGAUACCGCUAUACUGUAUUCUGACUGUUGUCUUGACCAUUACAACACAUUUAAAACACAUUAACAUGACUUGUAAAUAAAGUGAGAAAUGUGAAAUAAGAAAAGUUCUAUGUUCAUGUACCUUUCAGAGUUGCUUUCAUUGCAUUUAAGCACUGCAAAGUUCCUUAGAUCACAAAAUCUUUUGCUCAUCUGUAAUAAUUCUUUGGUUACUUGCACCUUGCAUCUAUAAUCUGCUUCAGUUCUGCAGUCCUUCAAAUAAAUAAUGUAGCAGAUGCA